UCCUUCCAGUUCCCGGCAGACCUGCCAUCCUCCACCCGAGCGCCUGGAGCCCGUCCGGAGGUCCCGCCAUGAAGAGGUCCUGGUUGUUGCUUCCGGCCGUGAGCCUGGCGGCCUUCCUGCCCUGGCCACUUCUGUUCCUGCUGCUGCCGCCGCUGCUGGCCUGGCUGUGGUCGGGUCUGGAGGUGGCGGACCUGGCCUUCAUCCUGACCUUGCUGAGGUGCGGGCUGGACAGCCACGUGCGGCUGACCCGUCGUCCCCCGGUCACCGUGCUGGAGCGCUUUCUGGACGAGGCCCGGCGCCGCCCUCGGCUCCCCUUGCUGGUGUGGGGGGACCGGGUUCACACCUUCGGCCAGCUGGACCGGCGGAGCAGCCAGGCGGCCCGGGCGCUGAUGGGGGCGGCCGGGGUGGAGCCCGGGACCUGCGUGGCCGUGCUGCUGCCCAACGGGGUACCCUACGUGUGGGUGACCCUGGCCCUGGCCAAGCUGGGCUGCACCACGGCCUGCCUGAACUGGCACAUCCGGGGCCGGGCUCUGAGUCACGCCGUGAGGGCCAGUGAGGCCAAGGUGGUCCUUGCCGAUCAGGAGUUCAGCGACGCGGUGGAGGAGAUCCUGCCGACGCUGCGAGAGGAGGGGGUCCGUGUCUUCUUCCUGAGCGCCUCGUCCUCGAUCCCGGGGGUGGAGCCGCUGCUGGGCCACGUGGACGCCGCGUCCCCCGAACCCAUCUCCCCGGCCCUCCGCCAGGGCGUCACCAAAGACUCCACCGCCUUCUACAUCUUCACCUCGGGGACCACAGGCCUCCCCAAAGCAGCGGUUCUGACACACAACAAGGUGCUGCAGAUCGCCAACCUGCAGUACAUGUGUGGGGUCUCGAAGACGGACGUGAUGUACACGGCUCUGCCGCUCUACCACGCUUCUGCCCUGUUCAUUGGGAUCAUGGGCUGCAUCGAGAUGGGGAUCCCCUGCGUGCUGAGCCCCAAGUUCUCGGCCUCCCAGUUCUGGGAUGACUGUCGCCGGCACCGUGUCACCGUCAUCCUGUACGUGGGAGAGGUCCUACGCUACCUGUGUGCCACCCCCCAGCGGGACAACGACCGGGACCACUCGGUGCGGCUGGUCCUGGGGAACGGGCUGCGGCCCGAGGUCUGGGAGCAGUUCCUGAACCGCUUCGGGCCCGUGCGGGUGCGCGAAUUCUACGGCUCCACCGAGGGCAACGUCGGCUUCAUCAACUACACCGGCCGGCUGGGCGCCGUGGGCAAGAGCUUCUUCCUUUACCGGAUGCUCUGCCCCUUUGAGCUGAUCCAGUUUGACACGGAGAAGGAGGAGCCGGUGCGGGACAGCAAAGGCUUCUGCAUCCCGGUGCUCCCAGGGCAGACGGGGCUGCUGCUGACCCGGGUGACGUCCUUCAACCCCUUCAGUGGCUACAAGGGGUCCCCCAGUCAGACCGAGCAGAAGCUGCUGCGGAACGUGCGGCGGAAAGGGGACUUCUACUUCAACACGGGCGACCUGCUGGCUCUGGACGCCGACGGCCUCCUCUACUUCCGGGACCGCAUCGGGGACACCUUCCGCUGGAAGGGAGAGAACGUGUCCACUCGGGAGGUGGAGGCGACCUUGGCCGUCCUGGACUUCCUGAAGGAGGUCAAUGUCUACGGGGUCCCGGUGCCCGGGCAUGAAGGGAAGAUCGGCAUGAUGGCGGUGCAGCUGGCCCCGGGCCGGGCCUUGGACGGACAGCGGUUGUACGCCCACGUCCGACGGACUCUCUCCGGCUUCGCGGCCCCGAACUUCGUCCGGGUCCAGGAAGCCCUGAAGAUCACGGGGACCUUCAAGCUCAUGAAGGCCCGGCUGGUCCGGGAGGGUUUUGACCCCGGGACCAUCUCGGAGCCCCUGUAUGUCCUCAACAACAAGGAGAAGACCUUCCAGCCUCUGACCCGGGACAUCUACCAGGCCAUCCUGGACGGGAAAUGGAGACUAUGAUUCCUCCACCCCACUGGGGACUCCCCAGGAGUCCCUCCUGCCCCCUGCCUCCGACAGCCUCGCUACCGGGGCUCAGCAUCCCUCCCCACCGGCCCCCCGUCUGGUUGAGAACCUUCCACCUGACUAUCUUGUACAGAUCAGUGAUUGGCCCACAGUAGAUGCUUAACGAGUACCAUAAUAAUAAUUAUAAUUAUUAUUCUCGUGGACUCCCUCUCUCCGCCCACUCGGGAUCACAACCCUGGAAGGUCAUCUGGGCCAAACCUCUGCCUCCGGGAACCAAUCUCGCCUCUCCUUACCGCCAUCCCGCCUUCCACCCGUCACGGACUCUGCUUCAACUAGUGGGAGAAACAGGCGUUUUGUCCAACAAUCCCUGCUCCCAGAGACCCCCCCCCAAGACUGACCCGGAACGCCCCCUUUCCUGCUCUUCGCCCCCCGGAAGUCUCCUCGCCGAAAAAGCGUCGAAUUUGGGCGUCGGCCUCGUUGACCUGGGCGAAACGCGCAGCGCUUCGCUCAGCUCCCUUUCGCAGCCAAAGGGGGGAUCGGCGCCGGCCCAGCCAGAGGCCGGAGAUGAACCGAAGGUCACUGAAUCCUCAGGUCAUCAAUGCAGACCCCGGUCCUCUGAGAAACACUGCACUAGAAGGGUACUGUAGCUAACAUCUCUGGGGGGCAAAAUCUAAUGCCUAACCACUUCCCAUCACCAGGACUUUUUCCCAAUUUCUAACCUCAUUUCCGUCUGCUGCAAUUCAAAUCUGUCCUAAAAGCAAUUCCCGCUCCCAGAACUACUUUUCCCCCCCUUUAGAUACCCCAGGCAUGUUGUUUCCUAAACUCCAUUAUCACUUUUCACAUUUUUGAUUGA